UAGCCUAGGCAAAUAAACCUAGUCCAAAGUAGCUUUGUCCCAUGUUUUCACACAGUCGUAAUUCAAGGUGGGGAAUGCACCAACUAUUUACUGGAAGAGAACUGAAGUUUUCUGAUAGAGACGGUGGCUUUUGAACUGAGCUUUGUAAAAGGUAGGGAUUAUUAGAGAAUAAAAAGAUUGCCCAAUAGCUGUAAGGCCUCAGUCCUCCAUAGAUCUUCAUAGGCUGAUGCCAUUGAUCUGUCUUCUAGCACUCUUAAUUAACCAACAGAGGGAAAGAGACAUAGCUACUGGCUACUCUCAAAACAAGCACAAUAAUGGUGGAAUCAAUGCUGGCUUUACAGACAGAAGACCCUGUGGAAAAAAGCACUCUUAAGAAAUAUAAAAUACUCUCUGGGGUUCUUCUUGUUUUGUUGGUGGUUGUGUCACUUGGCCUAGGCCUUGGACUUGGAUUAAGGCGACAAGAGCAAGGGAGUUGCAGAAACAAAUGCUUUGAGCAAUCCUACAGAGGAUUCGGGGGAUGCCAGUGUGAUAGUGGCUGUAAAGACCGUAAGAACUGCUGCUGGGAUUUUGAAGAAACUUGUGUGGAAUCAACUCAGAUAUGGACAUGCAAUAAAUUUCGUUGUGGAGAGACUCGGCUACCUCAUAGCCAUUGUUCUUGCUCUGACGACUGCUUACAGAAAAAAGACUGUUGUGUUAAUUAUAACAGUAUUUGCAAAGGAGAAAGCCACUGGGUGGAUGAAGAAUGUAAUGUUUCUCAUGAAUCUCAGUGUCCAGAGGGCCUGCCACCUCUGAUUUUGGUUUCCAUGGAUGGUUUUAGAUCUGAAUAUUUACAUACAUGGAGCACACUUAUGCCCAAUAUCAACAAACUGAAAACAUGUGGAAUACAUUCGGAGUACAUGAGACCAGUUUAUCCAACCAAAACCUUCCCAAAUCAUUACACCAUUGUCACAGGUUUAUAUCCAGAAUCCCAUGGCAUCAUUGACAAUAAUAUGUAUGAUGUAUAUCUUAACAAGAACUUUUCACUUUCUUCAAAAGAGAUCUUGAAUCCAAAGUGGUGGUAUGGGCAACCGAUCUGGCUGACAGCUAUAUAUCAAGGUUUGAAGGCUGGAACCUUCUUUUGGCCUGGUUCUGAAGUAUCUAUCAAUGGCACAUUUCCAACUUAUUACAAAAUGUUUAACAACUCUAUUCCAUAUGAAGAGAGAAUUACUACACUGUUACAUUGGCUUGACCUACCCAAAUCUGAAAGACCAAAUUUUUAUACUUUGUACGUCGAAGAACCAGAUUCUGCUGGACAUAAAAGUGGACCAGUCAGUGGUGAUGUUAUUAAGGCCUUACAGAAAGUAGAUAAAGCUUUUGGAAUGUUAAUGGAGGGACUAAAACAAAGGAACCUACACAACUGCGUCAAUGUCAUUCUUCUGGCUGAUCAUGGAAUGGAAUGGACAUACUGUAAUAAAGUGGAAUAUAUGAUAGAUUACUUUCCUGAAAUAAACUUUUACAUGUAUGAAGGGCCUGCCCCUCGCAUCCGAACUCGCAAUAUCCCAACGGACUAUUUUACUUUUGAUUCUCCAGGAAUUGUUAGAAACCUCAGUUGUCGGAAAGCAGACCAGCAUUUUAAACCCUACCUGACUCCUGACUUGCCCAAACGAUUACAUUAUGCUAAAAAUGUUAGAAUCGAAAAAGUUCACCUUCUUGUAGAUCAACAGUGGCUAGUUGUAAGGUAUAAAAAUUAUAAACGUUGUGCAGGUGGUACCCAUGGUUAUGACAAUGAAUUUAAAAGUAUGGAGGCUAUCUUUUUGGCACAUGGACCUGGAUUUAAGGAGAAAGUUAAAGUUGAACCUUUUGAAAAUAUUGAGCUCUACAACCUAAUGUGUGAUCUUUUGCACAUUCAACCAGCACCAAACAAUGGAACUCAUGGAAGUCUAAACCAUCUUUUGAAGCAACCUUUCCAUAUUCCAUCACACCCCAAAGAAGUGUCGACUUUGUAUUCUUGCCCCUUUGUUAAUGCAAAGCCUACAGAUAAUUUAAAUUGUAUAUGUGAUUUAUUAGAUCAGAAUGCUCAAAUAGAGAAGAAUCAAAAUCUUAAUCUCACAUCAAAAGAAGAAACUGAAUCAGCCAAAGAAAAUUUACCUUACGGGAGGCCCAGGAUUACACAAAGAAGCAAAAAUUACUGUCUCCUUUAUCAGAAGGGCUACAUUAGUGGAUAUAGUCAAGAAAUCCAUAUGCCUCUGUGGACCUCAUAUACAAUUUCUAAACCUGGAGACACAUCGCCUCUUCCUCCCACUGUUCCAGACUGUCUGCGGGCUGAUGUUAGGAUUUCUCCUUCUCAGAGCCAAAAUUGUUCCAUCUAUUCAACCGAAAAGAAUAUCACCCACGGCUUCCUCUACCCUCCUAUGUUCAACAAGACGUCUGAUGGACAAUAUGAUGCUUUACUUACAAGCAAUUUGGUUCCUACUUAUAAAGCAUUUAAACAAAUGUGGGACUAUUUUCAUCAUGUUAUGCUUGUGACAUAUGCUACGAAAAGAAAUGGAGUGAAUGUGAUUAGUGGACCAGUGUUUGAUUAUAACUAUGAUGGACGUUCUGAUGAGCCCCAUGAAAUUACAGAGUUUAUAAGCAAUACUGGCAUUCCCAUCCCAACUCAUUACUUCGUGGUGCUGAGUAGCUGCAAAAACCAGACUUAUACUCCACUGAACUGCCCUGGGUCCUUGGAUGUCUUGCCCUUUAUCAUUCCUCAUCGAUCUACCAACAUAGAAAGUUGUCCUGCUAACAGACCAGAGAAUCUUUGGAUUGAAGAGAGAUUUCGGGCUCAUACUGCUCGUGUACGUGAUGUGGAACUUCUCACAGGACUUGACUUUUACCAGGAUAGAGACCAAGCUGUCUCUGAGAUCUUGCAACUAAAAACAUUUCUACCCAUUUUUGAAAUGCCAUAACAAUAUAGAAACAUGACUUUGGAGCAUAUGGAUAAUCAGCUCUUCCCCUACUGUGGAGCUAAAUGAUGAAGAUGGUUAUUAUUUCCUUUUUAGCUUUGAAGGUACACUAAGUUGUCAUUUCCUCUAUUUUUUACUUUUAAUGUCUUUUCAUGGUCAUCUCAUCCUGUGUUUUCCUCAGCACCCAGCAAAAACAGAAUAACUCCCAAUUUGGAAUCAAAUCUGUAUUACUUGAGUUUCACUGUAAAAAUAAAUAGAAUACUUUGCUCAGAAUGCAAGGGCAGAAACUGUAUAAUUGAUUCCCCAAUAUUCAGCAAUCUUUUUUGAGCUGCUUACACAGUGUGAUGCUUUUCACUUCCCUGAAGGAACAUUGAAACUCACUUGACAGAAUUUUGAUGUCUCUUCACAAGUUGCUUUAAAAGAAUUUUCACUUUUUCUUUUUUACUAAAAUUUCAAUCAAAUAAUUAAAUAAUUAAAAAAAAUUAAAGCCAACAAAUUGCUUCAGAAGACAUCUAACUAGGUUUUAAGCAUUGUAAACAAUUUUUAAACUUAAUAAUAACACUAAUAUUUAUAUUGCUUUAAGAUUUACAUUACUUAACUUGAUCCUUCCAAUAGCUAUUUUGUAGCUAUUACUGUUAUUCCCAUUUUCAAGAUAAAAAAAGGGGAGAGAUCUGAAACAAGAAUUUCCUGACUCCAAGUUCAUUUCUCUAUCUACUACAUCAAACAGCUUCCUAAAUGAAAAUGGAAAUGUAGAAAGGAUUGAAACACUCCCCCCCUCCCAUUUUCUUUAAGAAAAAGGGAACUUUAAGAAAUAGAAGAGAUGGGACUAUGGAUUUUCUAUUGGGUAAUGAGGCCCAUAUUGGGUCACUUCUUCCAUGUUUCAGGCCUUUUAUCUAUAUGAGUUUACAUAAAAUAUUGUUGAUGAAAUUGAUGAAAUAUAUAUAUACAACAUAAGCAAUAUUUUGAAUUUAUGUAAAUUAUUUCUUUGGAUCCAAUUGACUAAAAAACACAUGGGGCAUUGUUGGAUGUGUAUUUUAUUAAGGCAACCCUUAAUUCCUCACUUAGCUAUGGUUUCUAACUUUAUGAUGGUUACAGUUAUAUUAUCUCAGGUAAUGAAUUUGUUUUUAUUGUUUACAUUGAAAUACUGCAAAGAACAACUAUUUGGAGUUCCUUUUCCUCAAAUAAAUAUUUCUUUAAAUAAAAUGA